AUUCCUUUGGACUCUGGUUGUUAAAAAGGCCGAGUGCAAUCUCAGCCUGGUAUGGUAGCCAGAUAUAGACCACUUGUAGCCAAUGUGAACAGCAGUAAAAAACGCUUUUCUGAUACGUCUUGUGAUACUCGAUUAAACUCAGUGCCACUAAAAGGCAAAAUUUUUUCACGUCAGGUUAGUCAACGUGGCACAGACCAGCCAUCUCAAAAUUUGUCUGUGGCAAAGAAGAGUGGUUCAUCAUCAGUACACACAAAACCCGGGCCUUUCGAUUGGGCACAUUAUCUUAGAGAAAUUGAUGCAGAUCCUGUUCAGUCUUCUCUCUUUUUUCAUGUUCCGUUUGAAGUUCAGGUCCCAUCACCAUCAAUUCUUCCUGGACAAAAUGUAGCCCCUGAGGGAAAUUUCAAGCCUGGUCAGUAUUUAGAGGGUAUUGAUCCUCAUAAUGAAAGCUUAAUUUGUGUCCUCUGCGUUUCUGAAUUGAUAGGACGGCGUGUCAAGCUUCAUUUUGCUAGUUACCCGGAGAAGUAUGACUUCUGGACGACAAUAGACUCUCCUUUUUUGUUUCCUGUUGGAUGGUGUGCACAUAACAACCGUCAACUUCAACCCCCCAAGGAAUAUCUCGAAGAAUCUUAUCAUCCAUUUAAUUGGACAAGCUUUUUGGCUAAACUUGGAGCCAAACCAGUUCCUCGUCAUUCAUUUAAAGUACCAUGGGAUUCUCCUGUUGAUGCAUCUCCACCGCAUAUGUUUGCUGUUGGACUUAAACUUGAGGCUAUAGAUAAACGGAAUCCUUCUUUGGCUUGCGUUGCCACUAUAAAAGACUGUAUCGGUGAUUAUAUAUUGAUUCAUUUUGAUGGUUGGGACUCAGGGUUUGAUCAGUGGGCUCACAUAUCAUCUGAGCUUUUACGUCCUGUUGGGUAUUGCGAGGAUCAUGAACAAGUUUUAUCAAUCCCCAGUGAAACAGGCGUCAAAAAUAUUUCUGCAGAUAAUAAACAUGAACUUAAACCCAAGCCUAAGGAAAAACUUAGUCUUACCAGUUUAGGAGCACUAAAUUGGAGCAACCGUCGUAAUGGCUUUAGUUGGAAACUUUACCUGAAAGAGACAAAUUCAAAGCCUGUACCUAAAGAAGCAUUUGAUGAGAUAACCAAAUUCGCUAAAUCAUCCCAACAGUUUCUAAUAAACCAACGUCUAGAGGCUGUGGAUAAACGGUGCCCUUCAUUGGUUCGCGUUGCCAAUGUUGUAGAUAACACCCCUCCUGGAUUUCUCACCCUAGGAUAUGAUGGUUGGCCUGAUAAAUACAACAUACGUAUAGAGGUGUCGUCCCUUGAUUUAUUUCCUGUUGGUUAUUGUCAUGCUUCUGGACAUCCUCUACAAGUCCCACCGGGAUAUGAUUCUGAAUUGGAUUUAAAUGGAAAUUUAAUGGAUUCUUAUUCUAAUUCUUCUGCCAGUUCACUCAGCUGUAGUGGGACUGCCAACCCAUUUGGUGGGUGCCCAACUCCCGGUUGCAAAGGCUACGGGCAUAUCAAAGGACCUCGUUAUUUUUCCCAUCAGCGCAUUUCGGGAUGCCCAUAUGCUGAUAGUAAUCUUAAGAAAGAUGCUAUUAGAGCACACGAACGUCUAAGUUCAACAAAUAUAUUAACGUCCAGUUCUCCUUUUUCUGUUGAUUCAGAAAACCCCGAUUCUAGUGCUACAAUGGCCUCGGUUUCUGCUUACAAUCCUCCUAAUCGUAACUCAGGUCAACGUCUUUCUCCGGAUUCUACUGUCAAAAGUGAAUUCUCUUCAAAUAACACACCCACUGUUGUUACAUCUUAUUCUCUCAUAGCAUGUCCAUAUUUAGAUACCAAAGUUCCAGACUCUGUAUCAGGUAAUUCAGUUACACUGCAAUUUUCUAUUGCGGAUAGCGUUGUCACAACUUCACCUGGUUUUUCACCUGUGAUAAGCAACCUCCAUUCAACCAGUAGCCCAGCUGUUUCUGUCCAGAGUUCACUCCCAAAUGAAUCCCCUCAAUCUAAUGUGUUGCCUUUAAACUUAACACUUGAAAAGUUGCCUGGUUUCUCACCUAAAGAAGUGCCUUUAAGAACUGAAAUUUCAAACUCCUUUUCUCCAGCAAUCGCUAUUGGUGCCGUGCCUCAAUGUGAAAACUCAAAUUUAUCUUCCGAAAUCGCAGCCAAUGUAAUAGUCUUAUCAAAUGAAUCCUCUAUUAAUGUUGCGUCUUCAAGCACAAAAUCAAACAUGAAUUCUAAUGACUCAGUUAGACCACAGAAAUUAAGCAAAUUAGAACCUAACCCGGACAGCGUGUCUCCUUCCAACCUUCUGUCUCAUACUGCUGACCAAUCUGAUGAAUAUACAAAGAAUCUUGGCAUAUCCGCUGUACCUAUUAAACGUAAACGAGGUCGGCCUAGGAAAUACACUUCUGUACAUGUUCUCCAUCCAUCCUUACAACAGUCACGUCCUGUUCAUUUCACUUCCUUGACAUCUCUUCCACAAUCAUAUACUACGUCUACUGGACGACACUCAUAUCCAGCUAGUGUAUCAACUCAACAUCAUACUCUUUCAUCUGCUGCAGUUCCGAUUUCUUCGUUAUCGAUUACAUCUACAUUGUCACUUUGUAGCAGUAUGAAUGUAACUACCAGUUCUCACCCACCAACGGAUUGUCAAAGUGAUAGUUACCUCCCCCAUAAUAUGGAAUCUAAUAACCUCAAAAACAUCGAUGUACUUAAGUCUGUCACAUGCAGUUCAGAACCAAGUCCCGCUGACAGUGUUUUAACUAAUGCUUGCAUCAAUACUAACAUGGGUUACAUGGAUGUAGACCGCUUAAGAUCAUCUUCUGGUUAUGAAAUUCCUGGGCAGCACACUUCUACCUUAGCUGCAAUAAAUGAUCCGACUACGGGCUAUCCUAUACAUGCCAGGUUGACUCAAGAAAUCACUCCUGUUGACCUGUGUUCUAAUCGCACUCAGCACCUAACGGUUAUGAAUACCUCAGGUAUGAUCAUCAACGCUAGUAACAGUCUUCCUCCUCAAUCUUUGAUCGAGACAUCAAAUACUGGAUGGUAUCCUGAUGUGACUAACGGGUCAUUCAUGCCUCCUAUAUGUCCUAAUCCUGUCUUAUCUUCUCCAUUCUAUAUUGAUACAGCAAGGUCAUCAUGUCUAUUACCAUCUUUUGAUCUAUCCUCUUCAAGUUAUAUAAAUGCUACCGUCAGCAGCUUGAAUAAUCCCUCGUUGAGGGACUUUGAUUUAAUGGGUCGUUUAUUACCACAGGCAGGGGCGGCUAUCCGUGCAGCCAAAGUUGCUGGCCUUCCUGGACCUCAUUCGUGGAAUCCAAAUGUUGUAGCUAAUUUUAUUUCUACACUGCCAGGAUGCAAGCAAUUCGCUUGUAAAUUCAUUGAAAAUGAAAUAGAUGGAGCUGCUUUAUUAUGCCUUGAACAACACGAUCUGAUGCAUGUAUUAGGUAUGAAACUGGGUCCUGCUGUAAAAGUAUCUACUGCUAUUCAAGCUUUACGUAAAAGCCUACUUGCAACGCCAAUUUCAGAACUUGGUCCAGAGCAUGCAAAUGCUGUCGCUGCAGCUGUAUCAUGUUUUACUAACAGUUUGUCGUCACAGGUUGGUAUCGGUUCAUCUGUUACUAGUGAUUCGCAAUCUGUAGUGAACGGUUCCAGUGUAGACACUUCAUCAUCUAAUACCGGGUGAAGCUAUUCGUAUAACACUAGUACACUGUCGUUCAGUGAUCAAAAUGCACCCUCUCCUACAUUCCUACACUUGUUGUUUGUUGAAAAUUCAUCUUAAACUUGUUUCACAAAGGGAAGAACGAUAAAGAAUUGACCGUUUCAUAUUUUUACUUUGGGCUUUCGGUUUUUUUUGCCUUUUCCACUGUUCAUGUAUCGUCUGCCUGUAAAUGGUAGUAGUCCAAUUAUAUCUCAGUCGAUGUGUGUAUGCUUAGUUUCACAAGAACCGUAAUUCAGAAUCAUCUUCCUAGUUGAUAUUAUUAUUAAUAUUAUUAUUAUUGCUAUUGUCAUUAGCGACUGAAUUUCGCCAUAUUUACAAUAGUGCCUUACAGUAUAAAACCAACUGUGAAAAUCUGCAGUUCGGAUUCUGAAAUAAAUAUAUUUUGUCUAAAAUUUCCCUUGAUAUAUACAUAUAUAUUUUCCAUUAUGGGUUGCAUACCGCAAAGUAAGAAUCUUGUUUAUCAAUCUUUUCUAUUGGGUAACUUAUCAUCUAUUGUUUUGAUAUCAUGACUAAAGAUUGGAUUUCAUUUAAUAUUUUGUAUAAUUAAUAAUCCAACGUUUAACGUUGUACAAUACUUUUUAUGAUCAACUACAUCACUGUUCUUGUUAGUGUUAUUAUGAUAUUACCAUUAAAUUUGCUAAUUGACUUCGUAGAACAAAUCUGGCCUAUUUUUAAAUAACCCCUAGUAGUGUUUUUAUUGACUAUUUAGUGAAUUUAAAAAUUUCUGUAGUUGGAUUUUGUGUACGAAUAUGUAUCUUAGUGACCACUACUUUGAAUGAAUGUAUUCUUGAUAAAUUAUGAUUGAAUCUGUGACUUACGACACGUAGUUACGUGCAAGUGAUUGUAAACAAAAUGUAUGUUAUUUCGUACAAUUUUUUAUUGACGUUUUUUCUUAGUCAUGAUUGUUGGCUCUUUGACUUCUGGAUAGAACUCCCCUCUAUUUGCGGCGUUUUUUUUAGUCACCCACUUUUUUCUAUCCUGAAUAAAAAAUGUUCAAGAUAUUCCAGAGAAUUAACUAGACCCAAAAGUAGAAUGUUGAAAUAUAUUCGUGCAAUUACUCAGGCCAGCGUAUUUAUGCAUUCCUUUUGAUUCUUUUGACAUCUAUGCAGGAAAUAACGAGUGCACAUUCUUCAAAAUCUUUGUACCUGAAAUACUUGUUCCUCAUCCUAUUACUAUUAUAACAAUAUCCCUUCCGAAUAAGUAGCAAUUUCUUCUCGAUGAUGUUUAUCAAGUUUAUUUACAAAUAUGGAUCUUCUGAACCAUACAAAUGAUGUUUUGAUAAUAAAUGUUCGCUUUGGAAUAUGUAUCUUCUGAAUUGUACUGGCGUUUAUCACCUGAAUUUUUUAAAUUAAGAAUAUUAAGACAAGUUACAAAUUUAUAAUCUUCAACAAGGCAUAUACAAUUGCAUCAACCAAAGUCACACUUCAGAUCGACUGAUCGAACAAAAAUUAAUGAAAAUACGAACAAAAUAUUAAAGAUAACGUAAAUACUAUUGGUAAACUAAACUCAAUAUAUAGUUCUAAUACUUUGAAUGAAAUCAUUGUAUGAAAUUCCACCUUGAUAUGGAAGUUGGUCUUGCAUAUCGUGAUAGCCAAGUCUAUCCAUAUUGGCUAGAACAUUCCUUUUUUUAAGCUCCAACCACCCCAGCCAGUUCGGUUGGAGAGCGGUAAGUUUUCACUAGCUAAGACUAUAGGAUCUUAUGCUAUUGAUGUAUACUCUCUCCGAAACACUCGUACAGAAUCCUAUUAUGGUCAUCCGCUUGACUUCACCUAACCAAUAUGGAGAGAGAAACAAAUCAUAACAUUCGUUCAUCUGGCGAUGCAACAUCAAUUACUCAGGACUACACCAGUGGCACUAAAUUUGAAGUCAAGACAAGCACUUAACAAGAUUUCUGUUGAUAAUCUCUUAUAUUCUAUUGAUCUCGUAGGCACAGCAAGAACUCGAAAAGAUCAGAACGCACUUCUGUCUCUUCGUCAACCGCAGAUUGGUUGAAAUAAAACAUAAGUAUUACAAGGAACUUCUUAGACUUCAAAAAGACGGGCUCGGAUUUAGUAGACAAUUUCAAAGUUGGUAGUCUACUUCAAAAUGAAAAAUACUUGAGUGGAUCAUACGGCGUUACACUCUAGAUAAUGGGAACAGUGUGUUGAAACAAUAUUCAGUUAAGUAUACACGAUCCCUGAACCAUAGGUUCACGAAAUUCAGUUUACUGUUACCUGUCGCAACUACUUACUUCAGUGUGGUUGUCUGAAUAUCUCAUCUUUAAAGAAAUCGGGAGGUAAACAUCUGAUUGUGUUCUCACGUAUUGUAUUGUUUCGUAAGUAGGUUAUAGUACAUUGUCUAAUCUAAUUCUCAGUAUUUUAUUGGCUUUUGGUGGUUGCUACAACCUCCUUGGCUUGUUAACCUGAUUAUGCAAGAAUGAAAAGAUUUGAGAGAAAAUCCCCAUACACUCCAUAUUGAGUAGUGUAGAUCAACGAUGAUUUAGACGUACGAAUUACGUUAUUCAAUACCCUAUAGCCUUUUGCAGCAGCAGCCUUACAGUGACUAGUCGUUUUGAGAUCAUUGCUUAAUAUAACUCCUAAGUCUUUAUAGUUUCUUGCUUUGGGUAGCACGAAUCCACAUACACUCCAUAUUGAGUAGUGUAGAUCAACGAUGAUUUAGGCGUUCGAAUUGCGUUAUUCACUCACACACUUUUGAUGAGGUUGAUUUAUCAAAAUAUAUCCUCCCACAUACAGUGGCUUACCCGUCAAGUAACUUUGUGGGUACUCUAGGCAUGAUUACAUUACUAAUUUCAUUUACAGACACCUUGUUAGUUAUUAUAAUCAGUUUCUUAUAAGCCUUUGGUUAUCAUGUUCUUUCAAACCCUUAGUUGUUUGGAGCACUUCUAAUAAGUUGUGUUUAUAAUAUAUGUUUGUUGUUAUUUCCAAAAUCAUCAGGUAUCUGACAAUCAAGUAGAUAUAACCACAAACAGAGCUUUAAUGCAUUUGUUGAUCACACAAUUGUAGUUUACCCGUCAGCUGCCUCGUCACUUCCUGUUUCAUCUUCUCCAUAUCCUUCGAUCUUUAAGAUCUUGCCUCCACAAUAUAAUUACAAGAAUAGGGGAUAAUUACCGCCAAAGAAUUGUAAAAUAUUUAUAGUAGACAGUAGUGGAUUGUUGCGGGUUAACAGUCAUGUACCGAUUUAGUCAACCAAAAUCAAUACGGGGCAUGGCACAACUGUGCGUUUCCAUCGGUUGCCAUACCGCCUCGACACAGCAAGAUGAAACUAACAUCAAGAGUCUAAACAAUAGUAGUUUCAACGUUAGUGCGUAGUAGCUAAACAUAGAUACCCUACCAAGUUCAGAUUGAUUUAAUAUAGUAGGCGUCUAAGUAUAAUUUAAUUACCAGCCCUCCUAUCUAUAUCCACAACUAAAAACAGGAGCCCACUUUACGUAUUUAUUGGACAGGUAACGUGUUCUUGGGCGUCUUUUCACUGUAUUGAAAAUAAUUAGAUGUUGCCACUUCAAAGAUUCUAUGAAAUAGUGUCAGGUGAUACGCAAUAGUUUUUUUCUGGUUUUCUCAUUCAGUGUUAUACAUCCCAUUGUCUGGAUCCUACGUUUGUUAGUAAAUUUGUUGUUUCAUGGUUAGAUGAUGAAAGUCGUGAGGGAAACAGCGAAAUUAGCUGCUGCAUUAGUGAUUAAAGUCAGGACGAGUUCUUUUAUACUGUUAUGUCAAAGUUUUUCCACAGCCUGAGGACAUUUCUUGGACAAUUCAACUUUUUUGCGUGUAAAGAUAUGACAUUCUAAUACUGCACAUUCGUACUUCUCCUCAUUAGUAUAUUUUUCAGGUUUCUUAAAAAAUGUCUACAAGCUAGUUUGUGAUUGGCUGAUAACUUAUAUUCUAUAGAUUUCAAGAUCACUUUCAAAUUAUCAUUAGGAGCUAAACAAUUACAACAGCUUGGAUACGAUUAGCAAUAAACCAAUCGCUCCUAAUAGAAAUCGGCCAUCUUGAUUCCGAUCAUUUUCUCUCGUAUUAUCACUUGCAAAAUGUCCGUUUUUAUGUUCAAAGCCUGUGCUGAUGGCUAGGAUUUAUCAAGUGGCAACCAAAUUGGUUUUGUGCUUUUAAUUUCUAUGUCAACUCUUACAUAUUAAGGUGCGUAUAUUUUUCUGCAUAUAAAUGAAAAAUAUUGCUUCAGAACUGGCCUGUUUCGGCCCCUGAAUUAGUCAUAUGAAGUAAAGUAGCUGAGCGGACCGACCAUUUCACCUAUUUUGAAGGUCUCACCAGCUCUAGUGGGUUGAAGUUUGGCGGGAUCAUGGCACGAAUUCAGGAAACCCGAUUAACCUUUGCCAGCUUGGAUCAUUUGUGGCGUAGGCGAGAUAUCCGUUUGCAAACCAAAGAACAAGUAUACUGACAUCAGUUCACUUGGUUCUACCUUAUGACUGUGAGACAUGACCUUUGAAACCAAAGAAUAGUCGUAGAUAACAAAUAUUUGACCAUAGGUGUCCUCGAAACACUGCCUGUUUAUAUUGGGACCAUUGAAUGAGUAAUGCUGAGGUUAGAUGCAGAGCACUAAGUAAUAAUAGCAAGCUGGUUGGGAUAUAUGUUGCAUUUGCCUAGCCACCGCCCAAACCGACGCUCGACGUUUUGUGGUGUAGGAGACUAGAAGAAAGGUAGGGGAAGGCAAACCACGACGUGUCAUCAGUUCACUAAGUUUCUGACUUUUUCUAAAUCGUGUACGAAGGUGCAGAUUACCCAGUUGGUAUCCGGUUAAUAAUCAUGACCAAUGGUUAAUGAGAUGGAUGAGGUGCAUUCUGUCUUUGUCUUUAUUUAAAUCCGGAGUCCCAAAAUGUGCCGAUACUUCUAGUUUUCUUUCUCCGUGCCUAAUGUUUUGUACAACAAUCAAUGCUUUUACCAAUUCUGCUUUUCUUGGAUUUAUCUUGAUCACGUAUCUCACUAUGCUAGUGGUGACUUCAGCCAAUGCACAUAUGUAUCAGGUUCUACGUAGCUUGUGACUGACCGACUACUCGUGUUUUCGAAGGGCAUUUCCUUAGACUCAUCUGACUGUUGUGAUUCCCAAAUCAAACUGAACCGUGGUUUCUUUGUAGCUGACAUUUAAAGCAAUAGUGUCGAGUGUUAAAACAGACUGCAUAAUUAUCAGUAGUUACGUUUUUAUGAUUGAAAUGUGUGGAUUAUUGUCACUUUUAUUUCCUGAUGCGUAAGGCGAAAUUUAACGGGGUUUCGAUAACUUGCAGUGAUUUUACAGAUUAUGGUAGUAAAUUGAGGGGCUAUAAAGUGUCCCACCACCUAUUUUUCCGAAGCAUUGUUAAGUUAUAUUAAAACAAUUAAAUUUAACUUUAUUGAGAUUGUUUGUUUUCUGUUAAGUAAGAAAUUUACUCAGUAAUAUUCCGAAACUAUUAUUCCAAGUGACAAAAGUGUUAUGAUAUACAUGAAAUGUAAUUAAAAUCUCACACAUUCAGUAAGUGUUAAAAUACGUUUUCUUUGGUUACACUAAGAUCUAAGGAUUUUUUUUCAAAAUAACAGACAUAUAAUCGACUUCAUACAUCCAAAUAAUAGUAAUGUUUUUGUAUCAUAGUGAACCUCACUAUAGAUCGUUUAAUUAAUGGAAGCUGAAUAGCUUUUACUUUAGUAACAUUAAUUUACUAAGAUAGGCGUUUAGCAUAAGAAGUCACUACCAAAUAGAUGAGUUUGCUCAUACUUAAUACAUAUAUGUUAAUAUGUAGAUUCUUAUUGUUGACGAAACCUUAAAAGCGGAGAGUAGCACUUGAUGUAUUUGGUGGCAAAGUAUCACAAUUUAUUAGUAUGAUUUACAGGAUCUGUUAAGUGAGAAUGUGUAUAUACUUGAAGGGACUAAACAAGCGGGUUAUACAAUCUUUUGGAACCACCACAAAUUAUCAGUUAAUUUAUUUUUUGAACUUAGUUUUUAUUAUCAAUUGAUAACAUAAAGGGUUAACAGUUGUCACACUUUUCUUAUUGUCAACAUGGGAUUCAUUUUCAUGUAGUUCACAUUUUGGUUAGAUAUCUGGAAGUUUUCACGUGCUACUUCCUUAUGUUAUUCAAAAAUUCUGAUUGACAUACGAGAUAACUUUUAAGUUAGUUAUUAAGUGUCUAAAAAAAAUUUCGUCGUGCGCACUGAUUUGCAGUGUCGUUCAUAAGAUAGAACUAACAGGUAAUAUAAUGGUCCUAAUUGAUGAUUUCAGUGUCGAUUCAAAUUCUCACAUUUAAAUAAUGUUAAUUUUCACACGCUACAUACUUUAUAUAAUAGAAGAAAAAUAAUGGAUUUUAGGGGUUGAGUAACUUAAUCACUUACUACUACUAGUCUGUUCUUAAUGUUGAAGCCAAAUCUCUUUAAAUCACUUCAUAGACAUUUGAAUAUUCUUCAGGAAAGCCAAGUCGUCGCGAACAUUCUAUUUGUUUAGUGAUUCCGAAUAGACCCAGUAUAUCGGUUGGAAUUAAGGGUGAGAUAUCGUCGACUGAGAAUUAUUUGAAUCUUAAAUUACUUAUCAAAUAUAACGAUGUAUGUUAAGAAAAUAUAUUCAUUUUAUAUCUUCAGUGGAGCUAGUGUCAUACUAAUCAACUGGUUGUACCCUUUCCUCAUCAACAUCGUGACUGACCAGAUUCUGUCUAUUUUAUAUCCCAAUUCAGUUGUCGUCGUUAUGGGUGGUCCUGAAGGAGAAUUAUACCGUAUUUAUUUACAUGCCCUUCAAAACAAGGCAGAUCACAUGAUGAUUGGAAAGCCUCAUGAUAAUUCAGAUCUAAAAGUGAAUGGAAUAUUCUGAAUAUGCAGAUAAUUCACCUAGACAAGGUGAUCAACUUUAUAUUAUUAUCUGGGACUAUCUGAUCAUUUAUAAGUAAUUAUGUUGUAAGCCUUCUCAUUCAGUUUUGGUAAUUAUUUACUGAAGUCUGUUACCACUCAUGCAGCGUAGGCCACCAACUGGGAGUCUCUAACGAACUCCAUCCAGAGCCAUUCUUCAUAGUCGUUCCAGACUGCUAUUCAUUCUUUCGAUGUCUGACUCUAAUUCCCGGAGCAAUGUGUUUCCUGGUUUUACUGUUUUUUCGUCUUGAGGAUUCCAAGUUAGGGCUUACCUUGUGAUGCAGUCUGAUGAUUCCUACAAUGUGUGUCCUAUCCAGAGUUUUCCUAAUCCCCUCUUCACCUGAAAGCUGAUUUUGUUCUCUGCCGCAACCGAUUAAUGUUGAUGUUCGUUGUAGUAGUUCUUCGAGUUCCAGUUCCGUGUAGUGAAGCUGUCUUAGCGCUUGUGUUAGAAAUUCUAACUUCGGUCUCGGGUGACGGUUGUCUUGAGUUCCAGAUGUAUAGUAGGAAUGCUACCC